AUGACCUCCUCCUCAUCAAACUCAGGCUCUCUGCGCUUUCGUGGAGACGCAGCUAGCUUUUCACCUAGCCAGUACCCAAACUACCAACAACAGUUCCACCCACAACAGUACAUGGCCCAGCAGAUCCCGGCCCAACAACAGUUCUACUACCAGUUCCCACAAACAUACCCGGUAAUGAUGAAUCAGAUGUACCCAGUGUUUCCUUACCCCCCAGACCCAUUUUUCCAACAACAGCAGCAACAGUACAUGAUGCAGCAACAGUACAUCUACCACCAACCACCAAAACCACCAAAACCUACCAAACCACUAAAGGUGCCACCAAAAGAAAAACCGGACCCGCCCAAAUUCCCCUUGUACAUUAAUACAACCAAAUCCGAAUUCCUCCAACGAUUCAGCAUAACCCAGGAGGCACGGUCAAUAGACGAGCUCCAAAAAGCCAAUACAUUACCCCACGAAAACGGACUAACUAUCACCACCAACACCUUCCAAGUAAUAGACUCUAACGACCACAACACCACCCUCAUAAAAGAACAACCAGAAGAGCCGGCCAAAGCCCCAGCUCCGCCCGUGCCAACCACCAACUGGGCCUCUUUCCUUCAGUCGACAGCACCCCCACCACCAAAGAAAGUUGCAAAACCAAAACCACCCACCACCCACACGACCCCCGUCCAACCACCAGCCGCCAAAUUCGACAUCAAUACCGAAUCUGCACAACCGUUGGGGGUGUUGUUGCUCAAAAUCAUGUUUGACACCAACUACUCGGUCUUUACCACCUUGCCCACAUUCGAUAUAAAACCAAGAGGCUUGACUAAUACCGGCAACAUCUGCUACAUGAACUCGAUAUUACAAAUCUUGAUCCACUGUGACCCAUUCAGCCGGUUGCUCAAACUUAUAGAAACAAAAUCAAUAGGAAGCUUGGGCCCAUCGUCGACACCAUUACUAGAUGCAACGAUAGCCUUCUUCAACCAGUUCCAGGACACCUCCAAGGGGGCAGUAUCUGCCGAACCUUUCUACACCCACUUGACUAAACUCGACAAAUUUUCCCACUUGAAAUGGGGACAGCAAGAAGACGCAGAAGAGUUUUUGGGGUACUACCUUGAUGCACUUAAUGAAGAGUUUUUGGCUGCCAUCAAACAGUUGAACACCCCGCAAGUCGAUUCCUUGAUACAGGCUUACGCCCAAGAUCACGACGCCGAGGCUGUCGCCACAUUCAAAUUCAAUGUCAAAUCCACCAUCAAGAGAAUCAAAAACGACACCGACCAGGACACCGACGGCGAAUGGAGUCAGGUCAACAAGAAAAAGAAUAGCUCCACCACCAAAAUAGAAAUCGACCCUACCCCACUUAAUAUGAUCUUUGGCGGCGAGUUCAAGUCCGUUGUCACCAUACCCAAACAAUCUUCGUCAUUCCAAAAAUCAAUAACCCUAGACCCGUUCCAGCACGUGCAGUUGGACAUAUCGUCUGUCGACACCAUCGAAGACGCAUUCAAGCAUCUAAACGAAUCAGAAAUCAUAAGCUACACAAACAACAACAAGGAAAUCCAAGUGAAAAAGCAAACAUUUAUUGAAAAAUUUCCGAACGUAUUGAUAAUACACCUAAAACGGUUCAGCUACUUGAAGGACCACGAAAUCGGCGUCGAAAAGUUGAGAAAAAAAGUAGACUACAAUCACGACCUAAUAAUACCGAAAGAAGUCAUGGCAAAGGAUACCGGCGUGCCAAUAAGAUACCAAUUGGUCUCGGUGGUGUACCACCACGGAAGCAGUGCAGAUGCCGGGCAUUACACCAGCGACAUAUACAACGUCGGCCAAUGGUGGAGAAUAGACGAUACCGCCGUCAAACAAAUAAACAACGAAGAGGUGUUGAACGCUGGAACAGAGGAAAAUAUAAAGAAUGCGUAUAUAUUAUUGUAUAGGAGAAUCUAA